GCUGAUCCACAAACAGCAGAGCCCCAGACCUCACCUUGGCUUCAAGAUGGCUUCGCCACACCAAGAGCCGAAACCUGGAGACCUGAUUGAGAUUUCCCGCUUUGGCUAUGAGCACUGGGCCCUCUAUGUGGGUCACGGCUACGUGAUCCAUCUGGCUUCUCCAAAUGAGUACUCUGGAUCUGGCUCCUCCCUCUCGGUCCUAGACAGCAGGGCCAUAGUGAAGCGGGAGCGCCUGAAGGAUGUGGUGGAAGGCUGUAACUAUCAGGUCAACAACAGCUUGGACCGUGAGUACAAACCACGGCCCAUUCAGGAGAUCAUCAGUUCUGCGGAGGGGAUGGUUGGUCAGAAGAUGAAGUACAGUGUUAUGAACAGGAACUGUGAGCACUUUGUUACCAACCUGAGAUAUGGCAAGUCCCGCUGUAAACAGGUGGAAAAAACGGCUGACGGAGUUGCGGCCAUGAUUCUUGGAUUUCUGGCUUUUCUUGGAAGCUUUUUUCUGAUGGAGAGAUACCGAAACCAGUGACAGCCUAAAGCGGUCACAAUACCCUGUGUUAGAAGCAGCUGUGGAGGUCCCAGUGGGGAUGGGCCUCCCCACGCCUCCAGUAGCCUGACCCUUGCUCUCUGCCUCGGGCUCUCUCUAGCUACUUUCCUCUCUCUGGCUAAAGGAUGAUCUAAU